AGGUUUUCAAGAAUGCUCAUCUUACUUAGUGGAGGCAGUAAGCAGCUGUUGAAUGCAAGUUAAUUUGGAACCGAAGCACUAUAUCAUCCGGGAUUUUGCAAAGACAACUCUUUCUCAAGAUGACUAAAAGAGGUGGAAAAGCUAAGGUAUUAGCACCAGGAAAACUUCAAGAAGAACGAAAUCGCAUAAUUAACAAGAAGCAUAUCGUUAGGAAACCUGCUCAAACAACAUUGUCUAUGCAGGAUGCAUCAUCGGCACCAACACCAGCUCAGGCAGCACCGUCCGUGUAGGUUGCAUCGUCGAUGCCGACAUCAGCUUCGAAAAAAUCAUCUGUGCAGGCUGCAUCGUCGAUGCCAACACCAGCUCAGGAAGCAUCGUCCGUGCAGGUUGCAUCAUCAAUGCCAACAUCAGCUUCUAAAAAAUCGUGUGUGCAGGCUGCAUCGUUGAUGCCAACACCAGCUCAGGCAGCAUCGUCUGUGCAGGCUGCAUCGUCGAUGCCAACACCAGCUCAGGCAGCAUCGUCUGUGCAGGCUGCAUCGUCGAUGCCAACACCAGCUCCAACUGUAGUACCUGUUCAUGCCACUACCUCUGAGAAAUUCAGUUUUAUGCCUACUCCAACUUUAAGCCAUCAAACAAUGGCUGGCCCUCAAAGUAUAAACCUUCAAACAAUGGCUAGCCCUUCAAAUUUGGCAGAGGAGGAAGAUGUGGAUGCUGAUGAGGAUGAGGCGGUGGGUCAAGAAACUAUUACCCCUCUUGUGCCACCAAUAGAUGAGAAUGGGAAAGUUAUUAUAAAACCAUCUGGUACUGGGCUAGUUCCUGCCAAAGAAGUUGUUGGUGCCAUUAAUUAUGCGAUACGCAAACAAUUUUAUAAACCUAUACAUCAUUGGUCUGCACUCGAUCCUGAUACGAAAGCUGAUUGGUUUAAGUUGUUUGGAGAGAAGGUUUCGUGGGAUCCUUUCGAUCAUGCAUUUGUCUAUAGUGCAUUUGAAAAAAAAGGAAGAAAACGAUUAAACGACAUGUUGGGGAAGGCGAGGAGAAAAGGGACUCGACCUUCAUGGAUUGGUGAUGAUGCUUGGGUUGAACUUCAAACUUAUUGGAAAAAGACCGAGUUUUUGGCUGUGUCUUCUCAAAACAAGACCAAUCGAGCUUCCGCAAGAGGCGGAGCAGUCCACACCACAGGCCGUAAGGCUCAUAUUGAUGUUGCACUUCAACUUUCACGUGAACUUCAAAGGGAUCUGCGUCCCGAUGAGUUAUUUUUAAAAACACACAAGAGGAAAAAUGGUGAAUGGGUUGACAGUCGUGCUGCAUCUACUUAUGUAAGUUCUCGUAAAUUUUACUGCAUCAAUAUUUGCAUCCAUGCUUUCAGAAGCAGACUUAUUCAAAUUAAACUCUCCAAAAAGGAUCUAGUUAUCCAUUUUUAUAGUCUAAUUCCUAACACUAACAGUCCUAACACUAACAAAUAUUUGCUGCAACAAGUGUUAGAUGGAGAGCGUGUAAAUCAGCUAUGGACAGAGGCUGCUGGGGGCCGUAACCGUGGUCGGGUUUAUGGCGCUGCAGAUUUAGCUAUUAAUCUAAAACGUGGAUCAAAAAGUUUUACCCAACAAUCUCAAACUCCUCAACACUCUAUGUUUGGGAUGUCAUUAGAAGCUGAAAGAGCAGCUAGAAUUAGAGCUGAACAAAUUGCCGAGGCUGCAACGACCCAAUUACAAGAGGCUAACGAAGCAAUGCGAGCUGCUACCGAGGCUGCAAAAGCUGCUACCGAGACUGCACAAAGGAUGGAGAGGGAGAUGAAUGCUUGGAAGGAAUUUAUGAUGAAGAAAUUUGACACUUCAACUUUUGUAUCACAUUCUCAUCAUUAUGAUGACGAUUUGGAUGAUCAAUCAUUAGAUGAAGAUUGA